GAAAAAUGGUCAAAUACAUCAAGUGGUCUAGAUAUCAAAAGAAUUUCAUUAACUUAAUUAUGCUCUCCGAGUAUAUUGUCCCUGGCACGUAGUUAUCAUUCAUGUGAUGUUGUCAAUGUUAUAUGUGUAACCCUGGUAAAUACUAGCCUAACGUUACUGCUCGGCUAGAGAUGUUCUCUUUAGCGAUCGGUGAGCGUAAGACUAUAUAGCUAGUAAGCCAGGGGUCCCAGGUUCGAUCCCUAGCGGAGGCAGUGAUUUAAAUCUAAUUAAUCCUGUGCUCUGUUACUGAUGUUUUGUAUAAUGUGUAUGACUCAAAGUUAAUAAAGAACUUGAACUAUGUCUAUAUGUAAAAUUGUGACAGGAUGGGUUAAGUGAAUGUCCGGAACAAAGAAUUAUUACAUUAAAAAAUAAAGAUUCAGUUAAACGAUCUCUUCAAAGAGAAACACAUUUUAACAAAGGAUAGCAAUAUCUUGUAGGCGUGAAGUUUUUAAGCAUUUUGUUCUUUGGUUUGUGUUUUGUAAAUGAAAAAUAAAUCCGUACUGUCCGGAACAUUUAGACCGGGUAUUAUAAUGUACAUUUUUACCGGAAACAACUCUUUCCAAUAUGGCGUCAAACGAAAACAGCGCACGGAAUCAAAAUAAACACAGGUUCGACCUACCACCUCCGCUUAAAACUGACACGACAAGGUUGGAUAACAAGAUUCCAGACACUCAAGAGAACAGCUAUACGUCCAAUUUGGACAGCAUGGCGAAAUCUGAGUACAAGAAUGCACAGGAGUAUGCAAGGGCCCUUCAGCCAUGGUUGUAUCAAUACAGACUAUGGAGUUUACUAAGUUCGGCACCUUCAAUGUUUCCGUAUCAAAUGAUGAACUGUAUGCCUCCUAUAAGUCCGCUCAACAGCUCUCAACGCAAUCUGAGAGGAGUAGUAAAUCCAUUAGCGACAAAUAUCCCUCAUGACCCGACAUCCGGGAGUAGAAUCCAGACCCCGCCAGCUUUUGGAGGUCGAGGACGAACUGCGCCAACUACAAAUAUCAUUCGAGGUACAGAGUACACAAUCCCAUCUCUGUGGAAGAGGGUGCUAGCAGAACUGGUUGAUUUUGCUGUGCUUUUUUAUAUGAAGAUAAUUGUCACUGUGAUAAUACUCAGACAGAUGGGAUAUUUACGAGACGACAACAAUAUAUUAGAUGUACACCUCGAUCUUGUUCCUGUCCUGGAUUUCGCAAAAGUGGACUGGGACGAUGCACUGAAUUUCACCUCCGAAAUAAUUGCACUGGAAGUUGUUAAUCGUGUCUUCAUUACGCUUUUCGAGACUCUGUGCAUACGACAAGGCUAUGGAUCGAUAGGUGGCGCCACGCCAGGAAAGAGAAUUCUGGGAUUGAAGGUGGUUUCCUGUGAGGAAGUGAUUGUACCAGCCCACUUUAGAAAUGGUGGGGUAAUCGUCAUUCCGGCUCAGAAUGUGGGCAUGGUCAGUGCCCUGGUGAGAUCAACUAUCAAGAAUUUUACAAUGGCCUUUUUGUUUCCGGCUUGUUUCACCGUUUUCUUUUUCCGACAUAGUCGAGCAGCCUAUGACGUGAUAGCAAAGACAAUAGUUGUUCAAGCACCGAAUCCACAUCAAAAUCAGCCCCAGCAAUGAUUGGCAUCGGAUAAAUGAGAUCAGACUUCUAGUAAUCGGCAUAUAAUCUUGCAUCGUCCUCCACAGUGAUUUGUCUCUGGUGAUAUAAACCACUCCUAUUAUUAACAGGAUGUAAUUUUUCAUUGUUCUCCGCAACAAUUAGUAUCCGAUAUGAUAUUGGACUCCUAGCAGAUGUCAUAUUAGACAUAUUAAACUCCUACGUGUACUUACAUCGUCCUCCGCUGUGAUUGGUCUUCUAACUCCUUGGAACUGGCAUGUAAUCUUAAUAUAUUAUCCUCCGCAGUAACUGGCAUCAGAUGUCGUUAGGCAUCCGUCAACAUCAUCAAAUAUUACAUCUCAUUCCAAAUUUACCCGCAUACUGGUUGAUUCAAUGAAAUUUAAAUGUGUAUAACUAAUAACAAUAUCCUGACAUAGUGAAUCUGGGUAUCAUUUAUUUUUAUUUUUUUUUAUCGAAUUUUUGCCUACUUAUUGGAAGAAAUUUUCAUUUUUUUUCUGUAGAAGUCCUCUUAAACUAACCAGUACAAUAAUUUCAAGUUUCAGGUUGUCUGGUAUGUAUACCAUGCAUUUUAAUUUUUUUUUUCACUUCCAAUAAUUGUCAUGACUACCAAACAACAGAUCUCUGAUUAGUGAAGACUACUUUGCCCAUAAAAUCUGAUUUAUCUGAAAAUUGGUCGGUGGAAGUCUCCAGAGAUUUUGAGUACCUUACAUUAACCUUCAUUGAUGAAAUGAAGAUCUCCUUAGUUCUAAAACAAGCACCUUACAGAUGAACCUUUAGUAUCUGUCACUUUGUUGAUGUUUAUUAUUUAUUGUUUUAUUAUUAUAUUGCACCCAGAAUUAUCAUACAUGUAUUGUAUUUAUGAUUUACCAUGUACAUUGCGUGCCUGCCUACAACACCAUUGUUUUGUGUUGGUUUGGGGGUGGGGAUGUGUGUGCCUGCCUACAGCACUGACCAUUGUUUUGUGUUGGUU